UACUCGAGCGUGUUGAGAUCGGUUGGGCCAAGAAAUCGCGCGCGUGUGGUUCUACUCCAGUGUCCGUGUUUGGUUCUAAUGUUUUUCUAGAAGUCAUAACUUUAACUUUAACAGGACUAUGAGAUGUAUGCAUUUAUUCUGUGUGCCAUAACAUACAUGUGAACAGUAGCUAUUGUGUAAGUGAUAAACCCAAGUAACUGGUUCGUAUGUGAAGUGCAUUGAUAUAAUCAAAGUCAGUAACUUAUCCUGCUUAAGUGACUGUUUCCUGUUUGCGGUAAUAGUUCAACUGGCACAUCUUCGGCAAGAUAACAAUGAUGCUGAAAUUGCUGAUAGUGGCUUGCGUGGUGACGCAUGGCUUGGGACGGCCUGACGUUUCCCACAUUUUAAAGCAAAACCGUUCAGAUCAACAGAAUAAGUUUCUCCAUUCACUAGACUACUUAGCUCAACUGAAAAGUAAUCCUGAGAAACAUGUUGCAUCAGAAAAGGUUGCAAGUGUGUUCGAUUAUCUUACACUGUUCAAUGAGACGCAAGUGAACAGCUUGGGGUUUGGAUCACCUAUCUCAAGCCAGAAGCAAAACGAUUGGAGUAGGUCCUUCAGAAAUGCGAUCAAACCAUCGCCAUUCAAAAGAAACACCCCACAACAUGGCUACAUCUACGAGAAACCUGCCGUUCCGCUGCCAAUCAGGCCGGGAGAACCUUUCGACUUUCCGGUCAAUCCGGAUGCUAAUUUAAUCAAACCUGUGUCAACCCAAGCGCCGGAAUAUCUUCCACCAGAUGAGCAAGUUCCAGUAGGUUCCAGUAGUUCACCAGGAGAUUCAUCAGUAGUUACUAGUACUCAGCCGUCAUUCUCCGCAUCUGUCCUACCAGAGGCCGGCGCUACGGGCUCACCAGGAUCAACCGAAGUUCCUGGAAUUACUCUAACUACCACCAGUACUGCCGCUACUUCUACCACCGUUGAAGAUAUCUAUAAACCUCGAGAAACAACUUCGAGCCCAACGACACAAAAUCCGGUUGAAAAUUUUGAUAUACGAAAUAAUGAAAAUGAAAACGAUUACAAACCAAGUGAGAAUCCGAUUAAUGAACCAUCAGAAUCAACCAAUAACAACGGGUUCACUGGUUAUCUACCAGAGUCAAGUUCAACAGAAGCGACCCAAAAAGAAACGGAAGCUCCAUCUACGCUGGGCCCAUUCACGGGGUAUCCUCGUGAAACACCCAAUCCUAGUUCUCCUACACCAGAGAGUACAACUAGUGCUUCGAUUACUGGUGUUGGAAGCACUCUCACAACUCAACAAUCAUUUGAUGAAGACAACGGUUAUAACUACGACAAACCAGUGUUGCCACCAAACCUCAAUGAAGUUGUAGGGGAACCCGGAGAUAUUAAUGAACUCGCCACUACUACCUCCAGAACGACAACGACACACAAGUACAUUGAUUUCAAUAUUCCUCCAAAACCAUUACCAGAUUUAGUAGUACCCGCAAAACCGAUUAGUGAACAACCUGUAGAAGACAUUACUGCAUCUGAAGUUUCUUCUGUAGAAACAACAUCUGUUUCUCUUUUGGAUGGAACAUCUUCCACUUCUGCUCCGGAAUAUCUUCCACCAAAUGAUGCUAAUGGAACGAAGCAACCAGACGAGAUUACGCAAAAACCUGAAUCUACAAACUAUCCAAGCUCAUCGUCUACUUAUGUGUCAGAAACAACGACAUCUUCUGGAUAUAAACCCGAGUCGACCACAUUUGGUGGUUAUCCUGAAAAAGACACUACAUUAUCGUCUGGUUACCCAAGUCAAGAAACGACUGCCAGUGAAGUGUUCACCAGACCCAGCCAAGAAACGACAUCUUUUGGCGGAUAUCCUUCCGCAGAAUCCACGUCUACCUUCGCACCAAUCAGUGAAACUACUUCGGUCUAUCCUAACAACGGACCUCAGAACGUAACGAUAUCGGGUGUGGAAGGGCAACCAGGAUCGACAUCCGCACCUGAGUACCUUCCACCUGAUACCAACAUCAGAAUUGGUAACGACUACCCGUCAGAGAUUAACUCAGUAGCAUCUACCGAUCCCCAAACUGAGAUCUCAUCCGACAGCUCGCCAAAAUUCGACAACGGUCCCGGUCCUUCGCAAGCGCCAAUCGAAGAAAUGACCAUCAUUGCGGAGAUCAACAGUCUCGUUCCGGAUGCAGACUUACCGAACAGCUAUUUUCCACCGGGAUCCGGUGAAGAUCUCUCCGGAAUACGGAUUGUGGUAGAAGAUACUGAAUCUUUGGGACAACGCCACUCUGUACCAUCCAGUACCGUACCACCACUGCUACAGUCGUCCAGUACGGCUUCGGAUAUGAUAACGACCUACCAUCCGAAAUCGCCACAGCGCACCACACCUGCCGAAUCGGAUGCCGAGGGAUCAGAACUGCAGCCACUUGUUGCGGCCGCCGAAGCUCCCAGUGAAACCGGAUACGACUAUCAGAUUCCGUCGCAUACUCUCGAUGAUCAAGGCUAUCAUUAUAAGAUUCCUAGUAUUCCCUUCCCGUAGUGCUUCGGUGAACUACCUUAAGAUCGCUGUGUUCAAUCGCUACCCAUUAGUGGUAAGAAUUUCACUUUGUCAUGUAGGUCAGUAAUGUGCAUCGUAAAAACAACGUACACUCGUCUAAUUCGAGCUCUCAAAAAAAAAAUUUAGACCGCGACUCAACAUGGUGCAUACCAUUAGGACCAACGCAACUCAUUUUUGACCGACUAGCUUAUAGAGCCUCAUAAUUUAUUUAUUUCGUUUUCGUCUCGGCACUAUUUCUCUAACACUCUAUCUCGUUUUUCCCAUUAUGUGGUCGUGCCGUUUUCCCAUCAACCACCGUGUGACGCCAAGCUGGAAAGAGUCGCAGGGUAGUUGGGAACAGUUGCAUCUUCUUCGGGAUGUUAGUGAGCAAGGAGGAGGGGGGUGGGCUAACCGGGUAACCAGAGCUGACGCUUGAGCUUAUGCAACCAAAUCUGAACAAUCGAUUUCGGCGGCAGUUUGAUCGGGCCCACUGGUUCGAGCAUUCCUCUUCUUCAUCUGGUGCGGGAUACGGUUUGGCUGGCUCAAAUUGGCGAACGAUGAGCGAAAGGCAAAAGAAAAUUGCUGCAAGAUCAUCAUCAUCGAAACGA